AAAUAUUGUGAGAAGGUGUAGCUAUUCAUUGGCCUAACGUUCACCUCAACAUGUCGAGGCGAGGAGGCUGCUGUCACGAUGAUGCCUAUGAUGGCAACUAUGGCUAUCAUGAGCUCGAUCAGUGCAAGCUACUUGAAGAAUCGCUAUUUUAUGUCAAAGAACAUGCCUAUUAUAUGCGCCAAGCUUUGGACGCUAAUGAUUUGGGCGAAGCACUGAAACGUGGGAUAAAUGUCAUUAGCGAGUUACGUACUUCAAGUUUAACGCCAACUAGUUACUAUGAACUAUAUAUGAAGGUUUUCAAUGAACUACAAAUAUUAUCUGAUUUUAUGGGAAAUGAAGAAAAGAGUGGCGUGAAGUUAAAUCAGUUAUAUGAAACUGUCCAACAAAGUUGUUUUAUUUUGCCGCGAUUAUAUUUACUGAUUAUGGCAGCAUCCCAUUGUAUCAGAGAAGGUAAAGUAUCAUCCAAUGAAAUAUUAAGCGACGUUACUGAAUUGUGUAGAGGUGUACAACACCCUGUCCGUGGACUUUUUCUGAGGUAUUUUUUAAUUCAAAUAUGUAAGGAUAAGUUGCCAGACUCCGAUGCCAAUAAUCCCAAUGGGACAUUGGAGUCGUUUAAUUUUUUAAUGAGUAAUUUCAAAGAGUCAGUAAGAUUAUGGAUUAGAUUGAAUAAUGGUUGCCAUUCGCUCUUGGAGCAAAAGCGAUGCGACAAGCAGCGUUUGGAAUUGGGCUUGUUGGUCGGAACUAAUUUGGUCAGAAUGGCGCAAUUAGAACAUUUGGAUUGUGAAUUCUACACUCAGACGGCUUUACCAGCCAUAUUAGAAGAAAUUGAGUCAACAAAAGAUGUUGCCGCCAAAAAGUACCUGUUGGAUUGCCUAAUACAAGCUUUCUCAGAUGAAUACCACCUUAAAUCAUUACCCAAUCUUCUCAAAGUCAUCGUUAAUUCUAUUUCUACUAAUGACUGCGUUAAAGUCGUAUGUACAUUGAUGAAUCGGCUUUCUACUUAUUUCCAAUCCUCUGAAUCUGCAGGUGAUGAUGUCCAUGUGGGUGUUGUGUUCGAAGUGUUUCAUGAUCACUUAAGCACAAUAAACAUACGUGAUGGAAUCACUCUAAAGUGCUUUUUAGAACUUCAAGCAAGUUUUGUUGAGUUCACUUCAACUGUGUACCCCGGAAUUAUUGAGCACGUUGAAGUUAUUCUAACCCAUGUGGUUAACGUUUUGAGUUCAUGCGGAACUGAGAACAUGAUUCAUGAACCAGAGGCUUGCGAAAGUAUCGUAAAAUUACUUACUUUACCUUUACAUACCCUUGGUCUGCGGUCAUUGGAUAUGCAACACAAUGAACCCUUAUUGGGAUUUUUGCCAAAGCAUUUGCACAGGAAUGUUGCAAGGGCAAUGAUUGAUGCGUUGAUUGAUUCGAAACUAAAGAUUGAGAGCUGCGAAGUCUUCGAAUCGAUAUGCCGUUAUUUGAAAUCAUUGUUUGAAAAAGCAGAGUAUGAACCGUCAGGUCAUAUAUUAAUGGAAAAUCAAAAUCACGUUUCAAGAUUCAUACAUACCAUUGAGACAUAUGACCCCAAGGACCAAUUUGACAUAUAUCAGCGUUUGUCAAAACGUAUGAUUAGUCAAGGUCCUAUGCACUAUCGAUACAGCAUAUCUACACUUAUUUGCCGAUCUCUUAUGUUGGUUUUCAAGCCAUUUGAGCCCGCUGGGGAAUCGACACCUGUUCAUAGAUCUCCUGAUACACGUGACGCAGCAGAUAUGGCAUUGUCGAUAUUUAACUUUGUUAACGAUUUAUUGGCUCGUGUGAAGCCCAUGAUACCGGAGGAAUCCUUGAAGUUGUCUAUGAUGUCUGCAAUUACUGUUAAUGAGCUUUGUGGCCUUAUGAAUCUCGAUAUGCAAGAAGAGUCCAACUACAUGAAAUUUGGCAAUGUUUGCCAUAACUUUAUCGCAAACUGCUGCAUCAUUUUUGAGGAAGAAGUUGUGGAAUCUGACUCCCAACAUCGUUGUCUCCUUUACCUCAUAUCAGCCUUCUGUUCUAAAAUAACAAUUUUAGACCCUGAACAUCAAUCUUCGAUGGCAAUGAGACUAGCGAAAUACGCUAUUGGUAUGCUGAAGCUGGAACAGCAGUGUUCUGCUCUAGCUCACGUUGCAUCAUCAUUUGCCAAUAGUGGGGACCACUUUAAGGUUAAAUGGGCGCUUCAACGAUCUCUUACGGCAGUGCAGCAACAUCAGUAUCUUCCGCUUGGAGAUGUUAGUCAAGCAUUAGCCCCUGUUAAGGUGGUUGCUGCAAAUCUGCAGAAUCGGUUUGACCUGUCUGACCUCAUGGAGGCAAUCAACCAAUAUUAAUUUUUUUACCAUACAUUUUACAAUUCAUGAGUGAUAUAUC